AUGCCAGGAUUUUUUUUCCCCCACAACAACAUGAGUGAAUUAAAUGGAAAAGAAGACUGCAGGCUUGCAGAAGACAAAAUCCAUAAAAAGAAGCAAAAGGCUUUUGGUGCAGAUCUCAAAAAUUAUUUGAAGUGCAUAGUACCACAUACUGAAUCUGGGAUCAAUACUUCUAACUCCAGAAAUGUCAUGCUUUCUGCAGAGGAAGUAAUACAGUGGUCCCAGUCUUUGGAAAAGCUCUUGGCCAGCCAGAGUGGUCAAGGUGUCUUUCGGGAGUUCCUGAAGUCAGAGUUCAGUGAGGAAAACAUAGAGUUCUGGUUGGCUUGUGAGGAUUACAAGAAAACCAAGUCUGAUCGCUUACAUGGCAAAGCAGAGAGGAUUUAUGAGGAGUUUGUUCAGUCGGAUGCUAUUAAACAGAUCAAUAUUGACUAUCAGAUGAGGGAAGCAACAGCCAAAAGGGCUCAAGACCCAACUCACACAAGUUUUGAUGAAGCCCAGAAAACCGUGUACAUACUCAUGGAAAGGGAUUCCUAUCCCAGAUUUUUGAAAUCCAAAGCCUACCUGAACCUGUUGAACCAACUGCAGACCAACACUUCAAAAUGA